AUGUCUUCCUACGGUGGCGGUUAUCAGCGCGAUUCUUAUCGCUCUAGAGGCGGUCAGGGUGGUUAUUCCAACGGCAACAGCUACGGAAACGGUGGUGGUGGUGGUGGUGGCUAUGGCGGUGGUGGCUACGGCGGUGGUGGUUUCGGCGGCGGCGGCUAUGGUCGCGGCGGCGGUGCUGCCGGUGGUGACCGCAUGUCUAACCUCGGUGCUGGCUUGAAGAAGCAAGAAUGGGACCUGGAGACCCUUCCUAAGUUCGAGAAGUCCUUCUACAAGGAGCAUCCCGAUGUUACCGCUCGCUCCCAGCGUGAGGUCGAUGAGUUCCGUCAGGAGCACAAGAUGACUGUGCAGGGAAAGAAUGUCCCCCGCCCCGUUGAGACUUUCGAUGAGGCUGGUUUCCCCCAGUACGUCCUGAGCGAGGUCAAGUCUCAGGGAUUCGAGCGCCCUACUGCUAUCCAGUCUCAGGGUUGGCCUAUGGCUCUUUCUGGACGUGACGUCGUUGGUAUUGCCGAGACCGGUUCCGGAAAGACCCUUACCUACUGUCUUCCCGCUAUCGUGCACAUCAACGCCCAGCCUCUUCUUGCUCCUGGUGACGGUCCUAUUGUUCUCGUUCUCGCCCCUACCCGUGAACUUGCUGUUCAGAUUCAGACCGAAAUCACCAAGUUCGGAAAGUCGUCUCGUAUCCGUAACACCUGUGUGUACGGUGGUGUCCCUAAGGGCCCUCAGAUCCGUGAUCUGAGCCGUGGUGUCGAAGUCUGCAUCGCGACCCCCGGUCGUCUGAUUGACAUGUUGGAAGCUGGCCGGACCAAUCUCCGCCGUGUCACAUAUCUCGUUCUUGACGAGGCUGACCGCAUGUUGGACAUGGGUUUUGAACCUCAGAUCCGCAAGAUCAUUUCUCAGAUUCGCCCCGACAGACAGACUUGCAUGUGGUCCGCCACCUGGCCCAAGGAAGUUCGUCAGCUCGCCAGCGACUUUCUCAACGACUACAUCCAGGUGAACAUCGGUUCCAUGGACUUGUCUGCUAACCACAGAAUCACUCAAAUCGUCGAAGUCGUCUCUGACUUCGAGAAGCGCGACAAGAUGAUCAAGCACCUCGAGAAGAUCAUGGAGGACCGUUCCAACAAAAUUCUUAUCUUCACCGGUACCAAGCGUAUCGCUGACGAAAUCACUCGCUUCCUUCGCCAGGACGGAUGGCCUGCGCUCUCUAUUCACGGUGACAAGCAACAGCAGGAAAGAGAUUGGGUCUUGAACGAGUUUAAGGCGGGCAAGAGCCCAAUCAUGGUGGCCACCGAUGUGGCUUCCCGUGGUAUCGAUGUUCGCGACAUUACUCAUGUGCUGAACUAUGACUACCCCAACAACUCGGAGGAUUAUAUCCACCGUAUCGGUCGUACCGGUCGUGCUGGUGCCAAGGGAACCGCCAUUACCUUCUUCACCACUGACAACUCUAAGCAGGCUCGUGACUUGGUUACUAUCCUCACUGAGGCUAAGCAGCAGAUUGACCCCCGUCUCGCUGAGAUGGUUCGCUACGGUGGCGGCGGUGGCCAUGGCCACGGUGGUUAUGGUCGCUGGGGUGGCCGUGGCGGUGGCCGUGGCCGCGGUGGUGGCUCGACUGCCUCCAACGCUGCCCCUCUCGGAAACAACCGUCGUUGGUAA